GCUUCUAGCCUUUAAGAAACUGGUACGGGAGAAGAGGCCUGCAGCAAAGAGAGGCCAAAUAGUGGAGAUGGGAGAUGCCACGGCAACAAAAGCAAAUCUAGACUAUUCAGGCCCGGUGGGUAUGGUUAACCAUGAAUUUUCCACUCCUGAGAAGCAGGGGCACGCAAACAAAAAGGAGCACGCAAACAAACAGGGGCACGCAAACACGUCCCCAAGCAGAAAUCGCCCCACGAAAAGGCAAGCAUCAGCCCCCAAAGGUAAAAAUCCCAAAAGAAGGAUACAGGAGACACCGCUGAUAACCAAUCUUGCUUCCAGGCCACAGAUGUCUCAGUCACUCUUGCAAGGAGAAACAUCUGGAGGGCAGGGAGUUAACACCGUGUUUGCAACCCCCAAGCCCCGUAAGCACAAGAAGAGACCAGGGCAGCAGGACAGACCCCCAAAGCUGAAGAAGCAGUCAUCGUUGCAGGGUGAACCUCCCAUACUGAGAACUACACUUGAGGCAAGCGUUGGGCCUCCCAAGCUGAAGAAGGAACGGCCGUUGCCAGAUGACACCCCUCCUCAGGAGAAGAGCCAGCCCCAGGAGGAAAAACAGCAGCCGCCACCCGUCAAGGGGAGAUUCCCUGAGACUGCCAUCCCAAUCAUCACGUGGCACCCGCCGUUCAGUGCCUCGGUGCUCUCAGACCUCGCGUGUCCAGACUGCGGGCGGGCCUUCAAGCAGAGGGCCGACGUGCGCCGUCACCGGUACGUCCACACCAAGGAGAAGCCGUAUGCCUGCAAGCAGUGCGACAAGCGUUUCGGCCACCCAAGCAACCUACACAUCCACCUUCGGACGCACAGCGGCGAGCGGCCGUACAAGUGCCCGGAGUGCGGGAAGGCCUUCACCCAGAGCUGCAACCUGCGGACGCACCGCAAGAUCCACAGCGGGAGCAAGCCGUUCCGCUGCUGCGUUUGCAGCAAGUCCUUCCUCCACCGCUCCAUCCUCACCGUCCACCAGCGCGUGCAUACCGGGGAGCGCCCCUACGCCUGCUCCGCCUGCCCCAAGCGCUUCAGGAACAGCUCUUCCUUGGUGCAGCACGUGCGCACGCACACAGGCGAGAGACCUUACGCAUGCCAGGUCUGUGAGCAGAGGUUCAGCCAGCGUUCACACCUUGUCAAGCACACCCGUGUCCACCCAGGUGCCACAGGGUCACCGCCCAAGUCCUCUCUGGACCAACAAAAGGGCAUUCAACCAAAUUCCAAAGACUCUUGCGGAAUAGCACAAAGCAGCUGAGUAACUGACCCAAACCCCCACCUGAUUGGACUGACAAAGUGCUCCUGGUAAAUAAGGAACACAUUUUUUUAAAAAAAAGAAGAAGUCCUAUUUCAAAACAUAAGCGCUUAUAGAAACUGUAGACAGUCCCCUCUUUUCAAAAAGGAGGGCGUGCCUCUUUCAAAAUGGUAC